AUGAGCGCCAUGGAUAUCGACAAGCUCUCCAUGCUGCCUGACGAAACCUCAGAGCCAGAGGAAUCAGAUAACGAGUUAGAGAAUUCUGACCAGGGUCCUAUAAAUGUAGAAGAUCUACGACAGAAGCAAAAUGCCAAAUUCAAGGCUUUGCUGUCAAGAGUAUCUGAAACUAUUACGGCGGAAGACAUCCAACGGGCAACGAAAGUUAAAACCGAGAGUGAGCUUUCUAUGACGAAUUUGAUAGAAAAUCAAGACUUCACCUCUGUUAUCCAUGACCCAAGAGAGUAUCAACUGGAGUUGUUUGAAAAAGCGAAAGCUGCCAAUAUCAUUGCUGUGCUGGAUACAGAGACUUGGGAAAAACACUUCUCGAAAAAUAUGAUUAUAGUCUGCACUGCCGAAGUCUUGUGUCAAUGUUUACUCCGCUCUUUCAUCCGAAUGGAACAAAUCAAUCUCCUUAUUUUCGAUGAGGCCCAUCGUGCCAAAAAAGAGCACCCGUAUGCUAGAAUUGUGAAAGAUUUCUAUUUGCGAAGACCCGAAGCACAAAAAAGACCCAAGAUAUUCGGAAUGACGGCAUCGCCAGUUGACGCGAAGGUGGACGUGGCAAAAGCUGCAAAGAAUCUUGAGACGCUACUCGACAGUCAGAUUGCAACCGCGUCCAACCUGGAUGCUUUACGGCAAGCGAUAGCGCGGCCAACUGAACAGAUAUGGGUAAUUCGUGAACUUGAAAAGAUUUUUUUCUAUGCCUUGGAGGCAAGCUCGAUGCUGGGGAAAUGGUGUUCAGAUUGGCUAUGGACAUUCGCUUUGGAAGCAACCGAAUUGCCCAAACUCGAAGGCAGGGUGUCUAAGAACUAUAUGCAAUCUAGCUCCAGAGAUCACUCCAAAGGGCUUGACGAAGCAAUUAAACUUCUUCGAGAAGCUGGGCAGCUCAUCAGAAACCACACGUUUGAUACUCCGGUGGAUUGCCCCGCACACUUGAGUUCGAAGGUGCGACUACUGCUCCAUGAGCUUUCCUUGUACUUUGAACGGCACACGGAUACCAAAUGCAUUGUAUUUGUUCAGCAGCGGCAUACAGCGAGGCUGUUAGCAGAGCUGUUUUCUCGAAUCGGAACGCGGCAUAUGCAAACAGGAAUUCUUAUAGGGGUUCAACAUGAUGGAAUUGGGGGCGCGAACUUUUCGUUCCGACAGCAGUUUUUGACGCUGUUGAAGUUUCGCAAAGGGGAGCUCAAUUGCCUGGUUCGACCUGAGCUUGACCAUGAUUCAUACGCACACAUGGUUGAACGAGAUAACCUUAUCCACGCGUCAUGUAUCCAGGAGGCCCAACGAGCAGAGCAUAUCAUGCGACGGUUCUGCGAAGCUCUCCCGGAAGACCGGAUUAUUCGCGGAAGUAGCGAUGAUUUGGGAAUGAAUUUAGACAAGGAACGAUACCAUAAAUCGUUUACCGUCCACAGCACUGGGGCGACGUUGACUUAUCCCUCUUCACUUGUUGUCCUUGCGCAUUACGCAAGCUCUUUACAAUACGAGAAAGAAACGUCCCCUCAGGUGAACUACUUCAUUGAGCGGAUAGACGGUGCUUUUGUUUGCGAGGCUAUCCUCCCUGAAAAGUCCCCUUUCCGGGGAUUGACGGGCAAACCGUCAGCACGGAAGUUGCAUGCCAGACAAUCUGCUGCUUUCGAAACGUGUUUGAUGCUUAGAAAGAAUGGGAUCCUCGAUGACCAUUUCGUGUCAAAAUAUUACAAAAGGCUGCCGGCGAUGAGGAAUGCGAAGCUAGCUAUUAAAUCGAAGAAAACGAACCAGUAUGAUAUGAUGGUGAAGCCCAAACUGUGGGACAGUGGUCGUGGUACUACUCCAAGUGUAAUAUGGGCUACUCUCUUGAUGUUAAGUCCUGCGGCUAAAUUGCGGCGAGACUAUCAACCUCUGAUCUUAUUCACGCGAUACCAGCUUCCGAAGUUUCCCAUAUUCCCGCUGUAUCUUGAGGAUGACAUUGAAUCAGAAGUUAUUACGGUUCCCCUACACAUGCCGUUACGAGCUUCAGAAGAUGAGUUGGAUCUACUCACUACGUUCACUCUCAGGAUUUUCCAAGAUUUGUUUCAUAAAGUAUAUGAACAUCAGCCUGCUAUGAUGACGUAUUGGCUUGCUCCAGCAAAGUUGAAUUCUAACUAUCGUGAUAUGUCAGAAGCUGUAGACCCACGACAACUUCUUGACAUCAGCAUUAUUCAGUAUGUGCAACAGAAUUCCGAAAUACGCUGGUCCUUCGAUAUGCCACCUAGCGAUGUAGAAAACCGAUUUCUGUUCGACAAAUGGGAUGGUAGAUAUCGUUACUUCACGUCCACGGUGGAACCGACCCUACGUCCCUCGGACCCUCCCCCAGCAACGAUGGCGAAGAGAAAGCAUAUGGAAAAUAUAAUGAAUUAUUGUCUUAGCCUAUUUAAGAAUUCCCGCUCCAAGUUCUUAGGGGAAUGUGAUUGGAAGCAGCCGGUCGUUCGAGCUGAAUUGGUUCGACUUCGCCGGAACCUUUUGGAUAGGGCAACGGAACAGGAAAGGGGAGAAGAAACGGCGUAUUAUAUUUGUCCAGAACCUCUGAGGAUAUCAGCUUUACCCCCACCGGUUGCCGCGUUUGCCUUUGCAUUUCCGGCUAUUAUUAGUCGCAUAGAGUCCUACUUGAUUUCUCUUGAGGCAUGCGACAAACUUCAACUCAGUAUCGAGACGCAUCUCGCUCUAGAAGCCUUAACAAAGGACUCAGAUAACACUGAAGAGCAUCGAAAGGAACAGAUUCAUUUCCAACGUGGAAUGGGUAAGAAUUAUGAGCGGUUGGAGUUCCUAGGGGAUUGUUUUCUGAAGAUGGCUACUUCGAUCUCCCUUUUUGCGAUGAACCCUGACAAUGACGAGUUCGAUUUCCACGUUAAAAGGAUGUGUCUGAUUUGCAACCAAAAUCUGUUCAAUACUGCUGUUCGUCUCAAACUCUACGAGUUUGUCCGCACGCAGGGCUUCUCAAGACGUAACUGGUAUCCUGAGGGCAUCAAGCUUCUUCAAGGAAAAGCUCAGCCUGAAUCAGCACAAAACAAACAGGCUUUGGGCGACAAAACAAUCGCGGAUAUUUGCGAGGCACUUAUCGGGGCCUCCUUGUUGUCAGGAGGAAAAGCUUGUCGGUUCGAUACGGCAGUUAAGGCAGUAACUGUGUUUGUGGACAGCGACAACCACCGAGUUUCUGAUUGGAAUAGUUAUAUCGACCUAUAUUCACUACCAAGCUAUCAAAUUGCCCAAGCGGAUGCGGGUCAACUUGACUUGGCUAAGCAAAUAGGCAACCGGUUAGGAUAUCACUUCACGUAUCCAAGGUUGCUCCGUUCCGCGUUCACACAUGCAUCAUACCCGUCAGCAUGGAGUACCGUUCCGUGCUAUCAGCGUCUAGAGUUUUUAGGCGAUUCUUUACUCGACAUGGUUUGUGUCGAAUAUCUGUAUCAUCAUUAUCCUGAUCGGGAUCCUCAAUGGCUCACAGAACAUAAGAUGGCUAUGGUAUCAAAUAAGUUUCUGGGUGCAGUCACUGUUAAGUUGGGGUUACAUAAACACCUCCUAUAUAUUAGCAAUGCUCUUUUUGGCCAAAUCACUAGGUACGCCGAGGAGAUUGAAGUUGCAGUGGCCGAGAGUGCCGAUUCUCCAGAUGCCUGGACAACGACCAGCGAUCCGCCCAAGUGCUUGCCGGAUAUGCUAGAGGCAUAUAUUGGGGCAAUAUUUGUCGAUUCGAAUUUCAGUUUUGAGGUGGUAGAGGAUUUCUUCCAGCGAUAUCUCAAACAGUACUUUGAGGACAUGAGCAUUUACGACGCCUUUGCAAACAAGCACCCAACAGCGGGUGAGGUGCAAAUGGUAGAUAGCACAGAACCACGGAUAUAUGCAGCGGUUAUCGUCCACGAUAAGUUUGUGGCCCAAGGUAUUGCCUCAUCCGUACGGUACGCCAAAACCAAAGCCAGUGACGCUGCACUGGCGAAGUUGGAAGGCCUUGCUUCGUUCAAAUUCCGUGAAAUAUACGGUUGUAAUUGUGCGGCCAACAAGGUGGAAGAAACUACGGAUGUAGCCCAGAGAAUGUGA